UGUUUGUUUGCCCAAAGUCGGCUAGUCAGGACGCUAGUUCAUUAACCUUGAGAGCACAAGGGUUCAAAGAUAGUCAAGCGUUCUGAGACACUGAACAAAACCUAUGACACUGCUCCUCUGGAAUCUUCUGCAGCCGAGAUGAACUGUGCGUAUUGUGUAUCUGUCCUCGCCAUCCUGCUUCCUGUAUCUCUGAGCGUGGAAAUGACCUCGUUGUUUGGCAGCUUCACUUCCCCCAACUUCCCUCGCCCAUACCCCAACAACCAUUACACAGUGUGGAACAUCUCCGUCCCAGAAGGCCACAGGGUUAAACUGUACUUCACCCACUUCAGUCUGGAACCCUCCCACCACUGUGAAUAUGAUUAUAUUCAGGUGUUUGCAGAGGCCAAUGAGACAUUGCGUUUCUGUGGCGAAGGGGAGAAAGAGUAUGUAGACGCCCCCAGGAACACAGUUAUCCUGUCGGCUGGGAACAUCAUGUCGGUAGUCUUCAGAAGUGACUACUCCAAUGAGGGGCGUUUCACUGGCUUUCAAGCAUUUUACUCCUCAGAAGACAUCAAUGAGUGCCUCAGCACGGUAGAUGGCGAGUCUGUGUGUGACCAUUAUUGUCACAAUUAUGUUGGUGGCUAUUACUGCACUUGCAGGUUGGGAUACCUGCUCCAUGACAACAAAAGGUCCUGCACUUUGCCUUGCAGAGGUCAGGUGCUGACAGAGAGGUCAGGAGAGUUGACCAGCCCAGGUUACCCCAGUCCAUACCCCACAAUGAGUCAUUGUAACUACACCAUACUCCUACCAGAGGGAUUCAGAGUGCUACUGGACUUCCAGGAACUGUUUGACGUAGAGGGCCACCCGGAUGUCCCCUGUCCAUACGAUGUCUUGAAGAUCUUUACCGAAGGACAAGAGUACGGACCGUUCUGUGGAGCGUCUCCACCUGGCAAGAUAGACACGGGCAGUUACCAAGUACAUGUCUCAUUCAGGUCGGACCUCUCAGGGAAAAACAAGGGAUGGAAGAUUAAGUAUACCAGCUUGGGAGUUCAAAAAGCAUAGUAGAACUUAAAUAUUAAAACAUAUCACAUGCUAUGCCAAUGUGAUACUUUGUCUGAAAUCUUUGAUAAUCCACAUGAUAUAAAAAGCCUAAUUCAUCAAGCAAACUCCAGUGAUAAUUACAUAACACUGUAAAGGGCUUACUGUGAAUUUUCCAGUAAUUUACAGGCAACUAUUGGCAAGUAGGUUUCAGAUAAGUUAACUUCCCAUCAAUCAAAACAUUGACUAUUUUUUGUUUCCAGAGUGGUAUCCUACAAAUCAGGUUUGAGGAGUUAGCAAGGUAACUUUGGCCAACUGAGUUCAACUUGGUAUAACCAGUCAUACGAAUGUGGCUCACCUUUUAGCCAGGUACACUUCUAUGGCAAUGAAUCCUUAACCUGCUCUAGGGCAGGCUAACUAAGGGCUAACUCCAUUUACCCUGAAUUAAGUUUUUGUGCGGCAAGUUAAAGACCAAUAAAAUCAGAUUCCCUUGCUCUCGCAGAUUUUGUCAUCACCUUCAUUGAAGAAGAUAAUGACAGAAUGCAUUUGAAACUUCACGCACAGUAAAACUUUUGUAUGAAAAAUAAAAUGUAUUUUAUACAGGUAACAAAUUGAGAUUAGGAGCACUCCCUUUAAGAGUGUGCUCCUAAUCUCAGCUCGUUACCUGUAUAAAAGAGACACCUGGGAGCCAGAAAUCUUUCUGAUUGAGAGGGGGUUAAAUACUUAUUUCCCUCAUUAAAAUGCAAAUCAAUUUAUAACACUUGACAUGUGUUUUUCUUGAUUUUUUUGUUGUUAUUCUGUCUCUCACUGUUCAAAUAAACCUACCAUUAAAAUUA